GCGCGACGACCAUGGCCCCCAUACGACUCCGGCACCCAAAGGGUGUCACGACACUCCAAGUUGACCUCGACAGCUUUACCGUGCUCGACCUACAACAGGAGAUUUUCGCGGUGACCGAGAUACCCCCGUCCCAGCAAGAGCUCAAGGCCGGAUAUCCCCCACACAGCCUCACCCUGAUACCGGAGCUCCCGCUCGAAAGCCUCGGGCUCAAGACGGGCGAGCAGCUCAUCGUGACGCAGAAGCCGGGUGCGGCACGGACGGCGGCCCCCGCCGCGAACACGGUGUCCAAUGCGUCGCCUGCAGCACCUAUGACGGGGCUCACGAGGUCGCAACUUUCAGAACCUGUAGUUUUAACGCCCGCCCCGGCGGCCCCGCAGGAGAGUGGGCCGGACUAUGUUCCCACUGAGGGAGGGUAUCUCGUGCACCGGAUUGUGCCCGACGAUAACUCAUGCCUUUUCAGCUCUAUUGCACUUAUCUUCGAGCAGGACAUGUCCAAGGCGCCACAGAUCCGGAAGAUCGUGGCAGAGGAGAUCAGGAAAGAUAUGGACACUUGGAACGAGGCCAUCCUUGGACGGCCCCGCGAAGAGUACAUCUCGACGAUCCUGAAGCCGAACACAUGGGGCGGCGCCAUCGAGCUCGCGGUGCUCGCAAAGCACUACAACACCGAGGUCGCGUCCGUCGACGUCGAGACGGGGCGCAUCGACCGGUUCGCGCCGCCGGCCGAGUCCGACUCGGGCAACCGGUGCGUACUUGUGUACUCGGGCAUUCACUACGACGCAGCGACGAUCGCGCCGAUGCUCGACGUGCCGGACGACUUCCACCAGACGAUGGUGCCGCGGGAGCGCGAGGGAGACGACGAUGCCGUCCUCCAGGCCGCGAAGAAGCUCGCGGACAAGCUGAGGGUGAAGAAGGCGUAUACGAACACGGCGACGUUUGAUUUGCGUUGUCAGGUAUGCAAGACGGGGCUGAAGGGAGAAAAAGAGGCACGGCAGCAUGCAAAGGAGACUGGUCAUGUAGAGUUCGGAGAAUACUAGUUCCCCUCGGAUCGGUCCUACCUGGAUGCCUUAUAGUAUGUCUUAUGUUUCGUUGUAGAAUUGCCAGUUCAUGA